GAAGAAGGAUACAAGAGCCUUUCUUCAUACAAUACUCAUCAUCCAUACUCUCCUAAUCUUCGUCAUUCUCCUGAUCCUCCUGCUGAUUAUCGUGGUGGUAAUCAUCAAGGUUAUAAUCGUGAUAAUCAAUAUAGGGGUCAUCAUGAUCCUCCUGGUUAUCAUGGUUGCGGUGACCCUUCUCCUGAUCCUCAUCAUCAGUUCACUAUUGGUUCAAUGGUGCGUAUUGAUACAGUAAAAGGUGAUCCAUUGUAUGGUGUAGUAAAGUGGAUAGGACCAGUACCUGACUACCCUGGAACAAUAGCUGGAGUGGAGAUGGAGAAGCCAUUACGAGAUUGUACUGAUGGUACAUGGCGUGGAAUAAGAUUCUUUACCUGUCCUCCUGGUAGAGGUUACUUCUGUCCAUUGAAUACUCUUAAACAAGACACAAAAUAUAUGGAUACAACUCAGAGUGAUGCACCACCUGACUUUCAGUCAAUACUCACUCCAGAUGGUACUGAGAUACACAUAUCUAGUGUGCUGGAGGAGGAUUAUCCAAAGGAUGAGCACCUUUUAUAUGCUGAUGAUAAUAUCACUGAAGCAAUGCCUCCUACAUCUAACAUAGAAUGGCAGGAAGGACUUACAACCUCAAAAUAUAUCAAUGCUCAAUAUUCACACGAUAAUCUCAGAAAGGAUCACCAGCAGCUUCAAAAAUCACAUGAUGCCCUCACAAAGAAUUAUCAGGAGCUACAAGAAAUAAACAAAAGGCUCAGAAUCGCUCUUCAAAAGUCACAGGAGGAGAAUGAAAGAUUACAAGAGGUUAAUGAAAGGUUAGUUCAAACACAAACAGAACUAGCAUCAAAACUAAAUGAGGUGGCCAAAUUACAAAGUUCACUGCAAAAAUUAGAAAAUAAUUGGAAGAUCAAUCGUUCUGAAAUAUCACUGUCAAGGAAAGAGCUAGGCAGAGGAGGCUGGGGUGUAAUCUGGAUGGGAGAGUUCAGAGGACAAAGAGUAGCUGUGAAACAGAUGCAUGAUGUCAUUAAAAGUGAGGAUAAUAUGGAUCUCCUUCAUAGAGAGAUAAACACAAUGUCUCAAUUGCGUCAUCCUAAUCUCCUCCAGUUUAUAGGAGCUGUGUUAGAUGAUGAUGAUGAUCCUUUGAUUAUCACAGAAUUAAUGGAUACCUCAUUGCGUAAAGCUUAUGAGAGGAAGGAGCUUACUACUGAUCCUGGCUGUAGACCAGUGAUUCUAUCUAUAAUGCGUGAUGUAGCUGUGGGUUUAAACUACACUCCACUGUCUACCUGA